AUUCAUGGAUCAAUGCUCUUCUGACAUACGUCACAGCGCAAUAAAAACCGGAUGUGUACAAUACAAGCUCUCCGAACAAGGCGAUUGGUUAGAGAGGACAAGCCCCCAGUCCACGAGGUUUGGCAAAUAAGGAAAUAUACCCAAAUAAAGAAUACCCAGACUCUGGAGGGACAUUGGAAUGAGUGGACUGCCUGUUAGGAAUUUGUUGCGAAGCUGUGUCCCCCGGGUAUGUCUAGCACGCCAGUACAACGGUGUCAGCGGUGUAGGACCAGAGGCGACAGACAAAAAUGAACAUCCCAGAGUUCUGAUCACAGGAAGUCUUGGACAGCUGGGGACUGGACUUGCUAAAGUAAUGAGACAGCGUUAUGGACAAAAUAAUGUUAUCAUGUCCGACAUCCUGAAACCAUCCAAACAGAUUCUGGAAAGUGGUCCCUAUGUCUUUGCCGAUAUUUUGGACUUUAAGAAGCUUCAGGAACUGAUAGUGAACCACAACAUAGACUGGAUAAUCCACUUCAGCGCGCUGCUCAGUGCCAUAGGAGAAAACAAUGUUCCACUGGCCAUGCGUGUCAACAUCGAAGGUCUCCAUAACGUGUUGGAGUUGGCCAAGCAAUACAGACUAAAACUGUUUGUACCAAGUACCAUAGGAGCGUUUGGUCCAGACUCGCCACGAGACCCCACUCCCGACAUGUGUAUACAGCGCCCAAGGACGAUUUAUGGAGUGUCCAAGGUUCACGCAGAACUAAUGGGCGAGUACUACUAUCACAAGUUUGGUCUAGACUUCCGGAGUUUACGAUUUCCAGGUAUCAUAUCAGCAGACACAAACCCGGGCGGUGGCACCACAGACUACGCGGUGAAAAUUUUCCACGACGCUCUGAAGUCUGGUCACUUUAAGUGUUACCUGCGCGAUGACACCAUGCUUCCUAUGAUGUUUAUUGACGACUGUCUGCGCUCGGUUGUGGAGUUUAUGGAAACCCCUGAAUCGAAACUCAAAAUGAGAACGUACAAUGUAACGGCAAUGAGUUUUACACCGAAAGAGAUUGUGGAGGAAGUCCGGAAUUAUGUACCGGAAUUGAAAGUGACGUAUGACAUUGAUGGUCGACAAGCCAUAGCUGAUACUUGGCCAAAACGUUUUGAUGACAGCAACGCACGAGCUGACUGGGGGUGGAAACAUACUUUGGAUCUUUCUGGGAUGUGCAAGGCUAUGUUUGAAUUCCUGGCGCCAUCUCAUCAAAAACAGCAGAGGAUAAAAUCGUGAACUUUCCAUCGACUGACAACACUUACUAAUCAAGUCCUUCUUACAGAAACGAAUCUCUUCAACGCAAAUGAAUCUCAAUAUUUACCACAUUUAAUCUUUUUUUCCUUCUUUUUUUUUUAAUGAAUUUCCAUGCGUUUUAAAUAAUAUAUUUUUUGGUUGUUUGUUGUUACCAACUUUGUGUUGUUAUUAAAGACAUUUAUUUUA